CCCUCGGAAACGCAGUCGCGCCAUGUCUUCGCCGCCCGAGGGGAAGCUAGAGACGAAAGCUGGACACCCGCCCGCCGUGAAAGCCGGUGGAAUGCGAAUUGUGCAGAAACACCCACAUGCUGGCGACACCAAAGAAGAGAAAGACAAGGACGACCAAGAAUGGGAAAGCCCCAGUCCACCUAAACCGACCGUGUUCAUCUCCGGUGUCAUCGCCCGGGGUGACAAAGACUUCCCCCCGGCAGCCGCCCAGGUGGCUCACCAGAAGCCCCACGCCUCCAUGGACAAGCACGCUUCCCCGAGGACCCCGCAUAUCCAGCAGCCUCGCAAGUGACCGGCAAGGACCCAGCACCCUCACCAGCCAUGCCUCGGCUCCCCAACAUUUGGCAUUUCCCCGGCCAAGAGAACUGCAUUUUCUUCAAAACGCUGCUCCAUUGGGAAAUCUAAGGCAGAGCAAAGCGCCUUCCUUUGCCUUAGAUUUCCACGUCAGAAUCUAGAAACAGACCCCAACCCGUGCUUCCAGGAGUCCUGGCUGGUGGGAGGCUCCCUGGGCUUCUGGGAGGAUGUGACGGCCCUGAAUAAAACGAAGUUAUUCACAGUUUAGCUUUAGUUUUCUGUUUCAGCAAUUGCCUAAUGUCCCUGCCUGUGGUCUUAAAACCAAGAGGGCACAAAUUUGGGACGGUUAAAUUAAGGUUAGGGGAACAGCUCAAUCAAUUUAUAAUUUUUAGUCCAAGGACAGUAGUCUUAACACCUGGGGGAGCGUAAGGAAUUGGGAUGGUAACUGUGGGGGAGGGUGCCAGAAAGGCAGAGCAGGGAGACACGACAGCAACACGGAGAAUUCUCUCCCUGGGUGACGAGGGAUCGCUGUGCAGGGCGGCACCAGCCCGUCCCCCGACAGCAGAAGGAAAGCUUGUGUCUCUGAAAUGGCUCUUUUAUUCCAGGAGUCAUCUUGCUGCAAAAUUAGAAUGUAGGCAGUUUGCCCGAAGGAGCACUUCCGGAACGAGAGCUCAGGGUGGGUCCCAAGCCUGCAUUUUUCAGUGCGCACCCCUAGAGCUGCUCGAGAGCUCUGGGGUGAUCCCUGACCGGGUGGGGGAGCAGCGUGUAGCUAAUUCUGGGACGCUACAGCAAAAGCGGCGGAUGCGUAGAGAGACCCAAUGAAAACCUGCGUCUGUCUUUCCAGGGAAAGGUAGAAAACCCACAUUCCAUUUGAAUUAAACCUGUUUGUCAAUCAGUGCAGCCCUCCACAGUUCCUCCUGCCUGCCUGGGCCACGUGCACUGGGCCCACCGGUUGCCCCGCUUUCGCACAUUUCCUGCCCAGAGCCAGCCUCGGCUCCUCUCUGGCUGGCGGCUGUAGAGUGCCCUGCUUUCCAAAAAGCCAGGGGGCUCCUUUCCUCAGCAGCUAAACUCCUGCAGAGCAGAUGCUUUGGGGUACGGCGCAGUGACUGCCCCACUCGCCACCGGUGGUGUUUGCAGUGGUGCUGUGGCGGCGCGCCCACCACCAGCCCCUCUGAGGCCAUUAGCAAACCCAAGGCUGCUGAUGGGUCACAGCGACACACCCCUAGGCAGACCCACCUCCCGCCCUUCCCUAAGGGAAAAGGUCUGCACUUCGCGUUCUGAGGGCGGUGUUUGGUUUCCCACCCCACUUCAGAGGCCGGGCUUGAACCCCCAAAGGCCCUUCUUGCCACACCUGGUAUAUCUUAAUCGCUGGGGUGUUGGCGGAAACUGAGGCUGGCUUUUGGACUUGCAGCCUCCCCGGCCACCUCCUGGAGCCCGCGUCUCAGAAGGGACUCUGAGACAGGCAGGGCGAGCUGGCUGCGGGCCACUGCACCUCCACUGCAGGAAUUAAGGUGUAUCGCUGAUGCUCUGCACGGGGAGGGCCAGGCUGUCUCGCAGGGGCGUGUCUCAGGCACCUCCAGCAGCACCUGGCACGCACCUGUGGGCUCUUGGUCACUGAAAGCAAAAUGGUGUCCUGAAUGAGUUUAUCAAUUGUUAACUUCAAGAAUAAUAAUGAUUGCAAUAAACACACUGCAUUUCUUCUC